UAUGAAUGUCCAAUGGAAAAUUACAACCAAACAUUGACUGAUUUCCUAUUAUUGGGGUUCUUUCCACCAUCAAGAAUUGGCCUGUUUCUUUUCAUUUUCACUGUACUUAUUUUCUUAUUGGCUCUGUUUGGCAACGUGUCCAUGAUGGUCCUUAUCCUCCUGGACACCUAUCUCCACACACCCAUGUAUUUUCUACUUAGUCAGCUCUCCCUCAUGGACCUGAACUACAUCUCCACCAUUGUCCCCAAGAUGGCCUUUGAUUAUAUCUUUGGAAACAAGUCCAUCUCACUCAUUGGGUGUGGUGUUCAGAGCUUCUUCUUCUUGACUUUAGCUAGUGCAGAAGGAUUAAUGUUGGCCUCUAUGGCUUAUGAUCAUUAUGUGGCUAUUUGCUUUCCUCUUCACUAUCCCAUUCAUAUGAGCAAAAGAGUGUGUGUGCUGAUGAUAACAGGAUCUUGGAUAAUGGGCUCAAUCAACUCCUGUGCCCACACUGUAUGUGCCCUCCAUAUCCCUUAUUGUCAAGCCAGAGCCAUCAACCAUUUCUUCUGUGAUGUCCCCGCCAUGUUGACUCUGGCCUGCAUGGACACCCGAGUCUCUGAGUACACAUGGUUUGUGAGCACCACCCCUUUCCUUGUGUUUCCUUUCAUUGACAUUGCAUGUUCCUAUGGCCAUGUGAUCCUUGCAAUCUGCCGCAUGUGCUCAGCAGAAGGGAAGAAGGCUUAUUCGACCUGCAACACCCACCUCACUGUCGUAACUUUCUAUUAUGCACCCUUUGCUUACACUUAUCUACGCCCAAGAUCCUUCCGAUCUCCCACAGAGGUCUUGGCUGUCUUCUGCACCAUCCUGACCCCAAUGCUCAACCCGAUCAUCUACAGCCUGAGAAACAAGGAGGUGAUGGGGGCCCUGAGAAGAGUGAUUCAGAGGUUUGGUUCUGUAGAAAUGUAG